AUGGUCGCACCCGUAGAGGCAGGAACCCGCCAUCCAAACGGUGCACCUUCCCCAUCGUUAUCCUCAGGCCCCCACGCUUUCACGGAAUCGUCCAGGUCGCCGGAGCAGGCUCGAGACGCCAACCCAGAUUCUGGAUCCAGGAGACCACUUCCAUCUCCCACAUUGGACCAAACAAACGGCGGCGGGCGACAUCAACGCUACAACGUAAGAUUCAACACAGUCUACACCUCGGAAAACAUGCCGCCAAAUCAGAGACCCCGGCCAGACCCCCUUCCGGCAGUCCCUGUGCCAGUGGAGACUCCCGAAGAACAGCCAUCGCCUGAGCACACCAUCGCACCCUCUGUGGAACAGGCCAUCUUGGCCAUCAGCUCUGGGCCCCCUCCUCCAGACGAUCUAGCCCAGCUUCAGCAGCAAAAUACGCCCCAAGUGGAGCGAUGCAAGAACUGCGGCGUCCGCUGGAAGCGGCCCUUACCCGGAGAGAACCAGUUCCGUCUGAGUUCACCAGCACAGAAUAUUCACGAGCAGACAAGACUCACCCAGGACUACAUUAAACGACUGGAGAACCACACCAAGUAUGCUGAUGAAGCCUACGCACACUGGGUACGCCAACAUCAAAUGUGUCCAGCAGCCGUAACCAGCCCGCCCGACACGGAAGCCCCGCAAAAGUCACGAAGCAGAAGCAUAGAAGACCCUUCGCCACCUAAUGCUCCAGCCUAUCCCGUUUCCGCCAAGCGAAAGUCCGAGAUUCCUCACGAGGCCUCCAAGUACCGGAAAGUAGUAACAUUCGACCCUCCUUCCAACUCGACGCCACCCGUCCGCCCGACCGCUCCAGCAUAG